ACAAUUUCUCCUCCCAUGGCGCUCCGCCCUUCGCCCUUUGACCUGCGCCAUUUCCGGUUGGAGACGUGGCUUGAGGCCGCCAUCUUGGCGAGAGGCGAAGCGGCGGCGGCUCCUGUCAGGGGGGCAGCGGGUCCAGAGCGGCCGGCGCUCCCCUUCCCCUGCCCCAGCCCUAGCGCCAGUGGAGCCGGAGCGCGGGGGCGCCCCACCACCGCCUUCGCCAUGGUGCUGUUGGCAGCAGCAGUCUGCACAAAAGCAGGAAAGGCUAUUGUUUCCCGACAGUUUGUGGAGAUGACCCGAACUAGGAUUGAGGGCCUGUUAGCAGCUUUUCCAAAGCUCAUGAACACUGGAAAACAACAUACAUUUGUUGAAACAGAGAGUGUAAGAUAUGUCUACCAGCCUAUGGAGAAACUGUACAUGGUACUGAUAACUACCAAAAACAGCAACAUCUUAGAAGAUCUGGAGACCCUAAGGCUCUUCUCAAGAGUGAUCCCUGAAUAUUGCCGAGCAUUAGAGGAGAAUGAAAUAUCUGAGCACUGUUUUGAUUUGAUUUUUGCUUUUGAUGAAAUUGUCGCUCUGGGAUACCGGGAGAAUGUGAACCUGGCACAGAUCAGAACCUUCACAGAAAUGGAUUCUCAUGAGGAGAAGGUGUUCAGAGCAGUCAGAGAGACUCAAGAACGUGAAGCCAAGGCUGAGAUGCGGCGUAAAGCAAAGGAAUUACAACAGGCCCGAAGAGAUGCAGAGAGACAGGGCAAGAAAGCACCAGGAUUUGGGGGAUUUGGAAGCUCUGCAGUAUCUGGAGGCAGCACAGCUGCCAUAAUCACAGAGACCAUCAUUGAAACUGAUAAACCAAAAGUGGCACCUGCACCAGCCAGGCCUUCAGGCCCCAGCAAGGCUUUGAAACUUGGAGCCAAAGGAAAGGAAGUAGAUAACUUUGUGGAUAAAUUGAAAUCUGAAGGUGAAACGAUCAUGUCCUCCAAUCUGGGCAAGCGUACCUCUGAGGCAACCAAAGUGCAUGCUCCCCCCAUUAAUAUGGAAAGUGUGCACAUGAAGAUUGAGGAAAAGAUCACACUAACCUGUGGACGAGAUGGAGGGUUGCAGAAUAUGGAGUUGCAUGGCAUGAUCAUGCUUAGGAUCUCAGAUGAUAAGUUCGGCCGAAUUCGUCUUCAUGUGGAAAAUGAAGAUAAGAAAGGGGUGCAGCUGCAGACCCAUCCAAAUGUGGAUAAAAAACUUUUCACUGCAGAAUCUCUAAUCGGCUUGAAGAAUCCAGAGAAGUCAUUUCCAGUCAAUAGCGACGUAGGGGUGCUGAAAUGGAGACUACAAACCACAGAGGAAUCUUUUAUUCCCCUGACAAUUAAUUGCUGGCCCUCAGAGAGCGGAAAUGGCUGUGACGUCAACAUAGAGUAUGAGCUACAAGAAGAUAAUUUAGAACUGAAUGAUGUGGUUAUCACCAUCCCUCUCCCAUCUGGUGUUGGCGCACCGGUCAUUGGAGAGAUCGAUGGCGAGUAUCGACAUGACAGUCGACGAAAUACCUUGGAGUGGUGCCUGCCAGUGAUCGAUGCCAAAAAUAAGAGUGGCAGCCUUGAGUUCAGCAUUGCUGGGCAGCCCAACGAUUUCUUCCCUGUUCAAGUCUCCUUCAUCUCCAAAAAAAAUUACUGUAACAUACAGGUUACCAAAGUGACCCUGGUAGACGGCAACAGCCCCGUAAGGUUUUCCACAGAGACCACUUUCGUAGUGGAUAAGUAUGAAAUCCUGUAAUACCAAGAAGAGGGAACCUAAAAGGAAAAAUUUCAAAUUAAUAAAGAAGAAGCCAACAGUGGCUGAAGAGUUUUUUCCAAAUCAACAAGCCAUUGGAGACCCUUUCUUUCUGGUACAGUGCACGAUUCUCUGCGCGCAAGGACCCUCACCUCACCCUCAGUGUUUCAGUGUCAUGGACACGUUCUUUGGCAAAACAAUGACACAAACAUAAAGGGAAAGGCUGCUGAUUUCUUUGGCAGAUCCUACUGGCCAACAGGAAAGCAGGCUCUCCAGAGAACGCCCCAGCUAAACAUCUAUGCUUUGUUUAAGUUGCGCCAUUAUUUUAAUCUCUCAGUAGAGUUACAUUUCAUACUUUGUUUUUAACAAGUUUUCUCUGCAGAAGAUUUAACCUGUCAUAUCCUUUCCUUUACCUUCCGUUUUUUUCUUUCCAUACAUUGAGUCAAGCCCCGGGUUGUCUGUAUAGAAGUAGUGUAUUUGUCACUCCUGGAACAAGUUGAUCCAGUCCAUUCUUGAUAUUUGGACUGUACAGGUGAAUUGCUUAAGGGUAUGGGGUCUAGAAGUUAAAUGUAAGGAUGUCUUACUCCUUUUCUUAGGUCCAUUCAUUGCUCCAUUCCUUUGCCAAGUUGUUUUCCUUCAAGUCCUGUUCCUGCAGUUUAGAGCAGUACUGUGUGAGUCCCACUUGUGUCAAUAUGAAAGACAGCUGAGAAGCAGCUUUCAGAGAGCACAGCCCCCACUUCAAGAUGUCUGCAAGGAGAAUGGUUAUGUCCACUUAGGGUUUUCACUUCCAGAAGUAGUCGUGUCUGAUGCUGGCACUACCCAGGCUUCCAGAUCUCCACAUUUUGGUAACUUCAACUAAAACAAAGUAGCUCACGGUCAUUGUAAUCCAUUCACAUUCCUCAAACUCACCACCUUCCUCUUCCUGGCUGUUCUUUGUGUUAUCAGUCCUUUCCUUUCUAGCAGAGACAAGGUUAUGAUUUUGGAGGCUGUGGGUUCAGCAGGUCUUUAUGCCAGUCCUGUUGGCCCUGAACUAUAAAGAGGACUUCAUUCCUACCACCAGGUUUUCAGCAUUUCAAGAGGCAGCUGGUUAUGUUUGUAUGGAAGGGUUGCUAAUACAUAUUCCAGGCCCGGCAUGCCCAAUACAUUUUCACCAGCCUAUUUGUUGCUGUCUCCUGAAGUCCUUCCUUUUUCUCCCCCACACCAUUUCUACUGAGCGUCAUCAUGUAGUGGUGGUUUCUUGGCCCCAACUCAUCCGUUACUUUUGAGCGGAGAAGAUGACGUCAGCCAGUCUGGUGUCAGCUUUAACUGAGUACUGUGCUCAGUGGUGCUGGUUGGGGUGCUGCCGGGCUGCAGCCACCAGCAGGGGGAAGACAGAUGACUAGGUGAGCCGUGCACCUUCAGCUGGUUGGCGAGUUCCACUCCCACUCAGAACAUCAUCGGGCCCUUCCUGCAGAGAGUGCGUCCGUGAGUGAAUCAGAGCAGUCAUCCACGAAUGGCCACAGAUGGAAUUGUUUGCCAAAGAAGUUUCCGGCCUUUCCCUUCCCUUAACUGCAUCAGGGAAGAAUCCGUAUCUCUAGUUUGUUUCCACAUGAGGUUUUUUUUUGAGGAUGGGGACUGGGACAAGAAAUCUGUCAUGUAGUUAAGUAGGCAAGGAAUCUUAUUAAUCCAGUUUUGAGAGUUGUUUGUCCAUAUGAUUUUUUAAAGGUCAGGUUUAGUUUCACAAAAACUUUUUUUUUCCUGAAGUUGCUUUUUGGGGUAAUAUUUAAAAUGAGACGUUUUGUAACCCUGUAAAAUACAUAGGGAAUAUAACAUUCCAAUGUACACAAAGAAGGCAAAUUCUUUAAUCAAAUAAAGAGUAUUAUAAAAUGAA